AAGAACUGCGCAUGCUCAUUACCGAAAGUACGACUUCCCGUUGUCUGCAUUCGGAUCUGCCAUGCUGUCGUCAUGUGGAGAUUCAUAGACAGUAUAAAGCCACCCGUGGCGAAAAAAACCAAAUCGUCCGACGAAAUUAAGGACCAGCAACGAAAUUAUGAAAACACUACACGGAAACGUACUUUUCAAGACAGGUGGCUUAAACAGUUCCCAUGGCUUACGGUCAAAACGUCGCGGAUGAUUUGUUCAACAUGCUUGGAGGUUGAAAAAGAUAAAGGGGACACAUUGAAGGGAACAUUUGUGACAGGAUCAUGCAAUUUCAAAAUUGAGUCGCUAAAACAUCAUCAACUUUCGCAUUCACACAAAGACAAUGUUAUAAAACAGAAAGCUAAGAAAUGUGUGUCGGGUACAAGCACCGCUGAACUGUCACUCCAAACGUUAAGCAAGUCAAUUUUUGACAAAAUGUGCAAACUUUUCAGGAAUGCACAUGGCUUAGCAAAACAAGGGAGACCCUACUCUGACUUUUCUUUUCUUUGUGAUUUGGAUGAAAUGAAGGGGGUGAAUAUUGGGCAAACCUACAGGAACGACAAAUCAUGUCGGCAGUUUGUUUAUUACAUUGCUGAGGAGACAAGGUCAUACAUUAGAAAGGAUGUUGAAAACGCGAGUUUCCUUUCUAUAAUUUCUGAUGGUGCAACUGAUACUGCACAUAUUGAAAGCGAGAUCUUGUACACUCGAUUUUGUCAUCAAGGUGUUCUCCAAACCCAUUUCACUUGUAUCAAGAACAUUGGGAAAGCAGAUGCAGAAACAAUAUCUACAACCCUAUCAGAUGGUUUGACAGAUGUUUUUGGUCUACAAUGGAAGGACAAGCUUAUUGGUAGGUCACAGUAUUUUUUUAGUUUCAAUUUUUUUAAUAAAGAAAUUGUACAUUUACAAACCCUCAAGUUAAAUGAAAUAAUAAUGAUCAUGAUCAUGAUGACGACUUUGGUCUUUCCAGGUAUUGCAACUGAUGGUGCCUCCGUGAUGGUUGGAAAGAAGGCAGGUGUCGUGAAGAGGCUAAAGGACCAGACUAAUCGAGCAUUCAUCCAAGGUAUCCACUGUUCAGCCCACCAGCUUGAGUUGUCAUUUAAAGAUGCAACAAAGGACCUGUCGCUUUGGACCAAGGCUUCCAAUCUCCUACUGGGUGUUUAUCUCUUUUAUCGCAACAGUCCCCUGAACAGGAGCAACCUAUUGCAGGCUUUUGCCAUGGAAGAUGUGGAAGUGCUCAUUCCAUCCCGUGUUGGUGGCACCAGAUGGGUCAGCCAUAUCAAGAGAGCGUUACGAAACCUCAUGACAUCCUAUGGACCAAUAAUUCAGCAUCUCCAGCAAAUCCAAAACCCUUGCGACCCAGCACACAACAAGGAGUCUGCUAGGAAAGCAGUGAAUUUCUUAAAACAUCUACAGGACAAGUCCAUGGUUGCUUUCCUGCUCUUCAUGUGGGAUGUGUCUGCUGCCUGUCUGCCGUCUCUGAGGCUUUUCAGAGAAAAGAGGCAACUUUGGGAGAUGUGUAUGUUGAAAUCCAACUGGCUAAGAACACCCUGACAAACUUCUAUGAGAUGGAUGGUCCAAAAUUAAAACGUUUAACAGCAACUGAUGACAAUUCUGAGUCUGACAGUGUGGAGCUAUAUGAAGGGCAUCAUUUGAAAGGAAACCUAGUAUCCUUCAAGGCUGGAAGAGUCAAAGUACUGGACAGACUGGUCAGCAGUAUGACAGACAGAUUUGAAAUAGAUGCUGGUGUUGCAGAGGCAUGCUGCAUCACAAAUCUGAACCUAUGGCCCCUAACUUUGCAAGCAGGUAAACUGAAAUGUUAAUAGUUAAUAUCUGUGAAAUAGUUAUUUGUCAAAUUGAGGUAUUUGCGUCAAUUGUGUACUGUAACUAAGUGGUGCAACUGUAUAUUUAGUGUGAUCAGAAUUACUGUUGUUCAUCUGAAUACUAAGUAAACCCUUGAUAAUUUUCUGAUAUAAGUUUUUAGUUGUUUAUGUUCAUGUUGUUUCAACAGACUUUGGUGAUGUUCAUUUGGCCAGCUUAGUGAAAACAUUUAAGCAAGGAUUGGAGAAAGCUGGAUUUGACCCAUGGCAAGUAGAACCAGAAUUGACAAGACUUAAGGAUGCAGUGUAUAGACUUUAUCCAGAGCCAUCAAAAGCUUCAUGGAAGGACCUGAACAGUCAGCUGAAGGAACAAGGUUAUGAAAAUGUCCUUGGACUUGUUGAUUUGAUCUUCACCCUGCCUGCCAGCUCUGUUGGCAGAGCGGGGCUUCUCAGCAAUGGGGCGGGUCAAGACAGUCUGGCGGAGCAAUCUGAAAGACAGUCACCUGUCAGACCUCCUUAUGGUCUUGAUCGAAACCCCAGAGGUCAUGUCAUUUCAUCCUACUCCAUCUGUCCACCUAUGGAAUUCUAGAUCUGUAAGGCCAAGGAUACCUGAUUUUAUGGAAUCAGGAACACUAUCUUUCAAGUGUGCAAAUCACCUUUGUCAAGAAAACCUUCUCAGACUUGAGGAGAGGGCUCCCAAUCUGUUGUCUGCUGCUCUAGUCAUUGCAAAGGAUGUUGCUCAGUCUGAUAACUCUCCAUCUGACUGUGAAGAGUGUUGUUAAACUAAUGAAUUGAAAGAAUUUGCGAGAAAUACUCAGUGAAUCAGUGUUGUUGUUAUUUGAUGUUUCAGUGGCAAUAAUUUUAGAAGUUGAAUGUGGUUGUGAUGAGAACAAAGAUGUUUACUGUUCAUCUUAUUUUGUUUGUACGAGUUCAGUACCUGUCUCAAAAACCUCAUGAACUCACAAGAAGUUGAACUUUAUUAAACUUAAUAGUUAUGAAGACA